GCUGAGGAGGAGUUUACUGGACCUUCUGUACAUAAAAGCAGGAACAACUCCCAGCUGAUCAGAGAUGUUUCUCCAUCCAGCUGAGACCGAUCUGUGACGCAUGCAGGAGUUCUACCAGGACGCUGAGGUGGUUUCAGAUCUGCCUCCAGCUGAAGUCCAGCUGACGCCUGCAGAGCUCACAGGCUCUAACCUUCGCUGCUCCAAGCACACGGUCCAGCCUCCCGCUGGUUCCUGAAGCGGGAAAACCAGAAACAUCCAAGGAUCAAAGUCUUCCACAGAAGGUUAAACAAAUAUCAAGAUGGAGUCCAUCCGUCACAACUCUGAGGUAAAAGCCAAUGACGGUGUUGAAGUACAUGGUCCUGUGGCAGGAAUACUCCUGGAGAAGACCAGGGAGAAGUUGACCAUCUAUCAGGCCAUGAAGAAACGUUUACUAAAACCAGGAACGGCCUUGGCUCUGCUUGAAGCACAAGCUGCCACGGUAGGCAUCAUUGAUCCGACAAACAACAGGAUACUUCCUGUUGCUGAUGCUGUUCAAAACGUAGUAGUCGGACAAGAGAUGAGGGAAAAACUCCUCAAAGCAGAGAAGGCUGUUAGUGGGUAUGUAGACCCCUACACCAAUCAAAUAAUAUCUGUUUACCAGGCUAUGCAGAAAGACCUAAUCCCUAGAGAUUAUGGUUUGAGGCUGCUGGAAGCACAGAUUGCCACCAAGGGUAUAUUUGAUCCUGUUGAGAAGACACACCUCUCAGUUGACUCUGCAAUCCAAAAGGGCUUCUAUGAAAAAGGUUUGCUCAGUGACCAAAUGCCAGAGCUAAACGUGUUCUAUAACCCAAGCACACAGGAGAACCUGAACUACCAAAACCUUCUGAAGAAAUGUACCGUGGAGACUGAGACAGGCUUGUUGCUCCUACCGGUCUGCAUCGCCUUCAAAGGUCUGCGUAAAGGCAUUUCGUCCAGUGAACUGUUUGAGUCAAAAAUCAUUGACAAAAAAGUCUAUGAUGACCUGCAGAAGGGAAACACCACAACACAGGAUGUGAUGCUGAUGGAAACAGUGAAGGAGUACCUGGAAGGUAAAGGCAGCAUUGCCGGUAUUGCUGUACUCUCAUGCAAUCAGCAAAAGAGCAUUUAUCAGGCAAUGAAGGAAGGCAUCCUGAUGCCAGGAACAGCACUUGUCCUGUUGGAAGCUCAAGCAGCCACUGGCUUUAUGAUUGAUCCUGUACAAAAUAAAAAGUAUACAGUGGACGAAGCCAUAAAACACAAACUCAUUGGGCCAGAAUAUCAUGCAAAGCUGCUUUCUGCUGAACGAGCGGUGACUGGGUACAAAGAUCCAUAUUCAGGGGAGACCAUAUCCCUCUUUCAAGCUAUGUCAAAAGACCUCAUUGUCAAAGAACACGGGAUCCGUUUGCUCGAGGCUCAAAUUGCAACUGGUGGAAUUAUAGAUCCAAUCAACAGCCACAGGCUUCCUACAGCAAUGGCUUUUAAAAGGGGCUAUUUUGAUGAGAAAAUGAACACCACACUGGAAAAUGCAGGAGAUGACACAAAAGGUUUUUUUGACCCAAAUACUGAGGAAAAUCUAACUUAUCUUCAGCUGAUGGAAAGAUGUGUCACUGAUCCUGCAACUGGUUUGUGUCUCCUCCCUCUCCAAGACAAACAAGGAAGAGUGACUUCCAGCUUCAUUGACUACCAAACAAAAAUGCUCUUCAAAGCUGAAAAGGUCCAUGUCACAUACGGGAAGUACAUGGGAAUGACAGUGUCGCUCUGGGAACUGCUGAUGUCGAAUUAUUUUGAUGAGACCCAAAGGAGAGACAUUUUUCAGAAAUACAGAGAAGGGAAGAUGGAUAUAAAGAAAAUCACUGCCAUGAUUCUGGAAAUCAUAGAAACAUCUGUUAAAACAACAAAAGUCACAUUUGAAGGCAUCAGAGAAACUGUUACAGCCAAACAGCUUGUGGAGGCAGAUAUCAUCACCCAGGAGAUGAUGGAGGAUCUGGAAAAGGGAAAAACGUCAGUAAAAGACAUAAUACAGGAUGAAACUGUAAACAUGUAUUUACAAGGAAAAGACAGCAUUGCAGGCAUUCUGCUACCAGAUUCUCAAAUCAUGACUAUCUACCAAGCAAGACAAAAAAGGAAGCUAAUGCCAGGAACUGCACUAAUUCUACUAGAGGCACAGGCAGCAACAGGGUUUGUCAUUGAUCCUAUUGGAAACAGGAAGUUUUCAGUGGAUGAAGCCGUUAAAGCAAAAGUUGUGGGGCCGGAUGUCUGUCAGAAGCUUCGCUCAGCGGAGAAAGCAGUCACUGGGUACAAAGAUCCUCACAAUGGAAACAUAAUCUCCUUGUUCCAAGCAAUGCAAAAAGACCUGAUCAUCAAAGAACAUGGAAUUCGGCUUCUGGAAGCACAGAUUGCGACGGGUGGAAUUAUCGACCCAGUGAACAGCCAUCGCAUUCCGGUCCACGUGGCCUACAAAAGGGGCUACUUUAAUGAAAAUAUGAAUCAGAUCCUGAGUGAUCCAAGUGAUGACACCAAGGGAUUCUUUGACCCCAACACCCAUGAGAACCUGACGUAUUUGCAGCUUAUGGCCAGAUGUGUCACAGAUCCCAGUACUGGCCUGUGCCUCUUGCCUCUAAAGUGUAAGAGCAAGACUGUCAGCGUAGAUGACAACAUGCGAGAAACUUUUCAAAGGACAACAGUUACAGUUAAGUAUGGCAGAUUCAAGGGCAAGCACACAACAUUGUGGGAUCUGAUCAAUUCAGAGUAUCUGUCAGAAGAAAAACGGCAGGAGCUCUUUAAGCUCUUCAGGUCUAGAAGAAUCACCAUAGAGGAAAUCACAGCCAUCAUUUUGGAGAUCAUUGAGAGUAAGGAGAUCAAACAACAAGCAGAGCUGAAUUUUGAAGGUCUCAGAGGAGAAAUAUCUGUUGUGGAUCUUCUGGAUCUUAAAAUUUUGGAUGAAAAUGUUUACAACAAUUUGAUCAAUGGAAAGCUAUCGAGCACUGAUGUGAUGAAGAUGGAUAGCGUGAGAGCCUAUCUGCAAGGAACGAGCUGUGUGGCUGGGUUGAUCCUGCAACCAUCCAAUCAGAAAAUAAGCAUUUAUGAAGCACAGAAAAAAGGUAUCCUUACACCCGGGACUGCCCUCUGCCUCCUCGAAGCACAAGCUGCCACAGGAUUCAUUAUAGAUCCUCUGAAUAACAAAAAACUUACCGUAGAACAAGCUCUAAAAGAGAAGGUGAUUGGACCACAGAUGUAUGAAAAGCUUCUGUCUGCAGAGCGAGCUGUCACUGGAUACACAGACCCAUACACUGGUCAAAAGAUCUCACUUUUCCAAGCAUUGAAAAAGGAUCUUAUUGUCAAGCAGCAUGGAAUUCGUUUACUUGAGGCCCAAAUUGGUACAGGUGGCAUCAUUGAUCCCUUGAAGUGCCUUCACUUACCUCUAGAAGUUGCAUACAAAAAAGGAUAUUUUGAUGCUGAACUCAAUGAAAUCCUAAAUGAUCCAACUGAUGACACAAAGGGCUUUUUUGAUCCAAAGACUACAGAAAACUUGACAUACAUGGAAAUGUUAAAGAGAUGUGUAAAGGAUAAAGAAACUGGACUUUUUCUCCUGCCUCUUGAUGACACACCAAAGGCAAGAACAACAAAGGAAAAACCAUACACCGAAGAAGAAAUAAAGCAAGAAUUUCAGAAAACAAUUGUAAAUGUAAAAGUGGGAUGGUAUUCAAGAAAAUCUGUUACUCUUUGGGACUUGAUUCACUCUCAUUACUUCACAGAGGAUCAGCUGCUGGACUUUAUUGAAAAAUACAGAACAAGGCAAAUUUGUAUACAAACAAUAACCACAAUAGUGCUUGAAACAAUAGAGAAACUGGAGAAGAAUGAAACCCCUAAAGUGGCUAUGGGCCUGAGAAAUCCUGUCUCUGCACAACAACUACUGGAAUCUGAGAUUAUUGAUGAAGAGACCUUUGAUCUGGUUAUAGAGGGAAAACGCAGCUUUGAUUCGAUAGUCCAAACAGAACCUGUGAAAUGUUACCUGAAGGGGACUGGAAGCAUUGCUGGAAUCAAGGUAUAUCCAACCCAGAAAAUAAUGAGCAUUUACCAAGCAAAACAAGAAGAUCUGUUGACUCCACGUAUUGCUCUUGAACUGCUUGAAGCACAGUCUGCAACAGGAUGGAUCAUUGAUCCUGUCAACAACAAAUUCUAUUGUGUGGAAGAAGCUGGAAAAGACAAAGUAAUUGGACCAGAUAUACAUGAGCAACUGGUUUCAGCUGAGCGUGCCGUCACUGGCUAUAAAGAUCCUUACACCGACGCAACUAUAUCUGUGUUUGAAGCCAUCAAUAAACAACUGAUACAAAGAAGUGUCGGCAUGCGUCUUCUUCAGGCACAGAUAGCAACUGGAGGAGUGAUUGAUCCAAAUCAAAGCCACAGGCUACCAACUCGCGUAGCUAUUAAAAGGGGGUAUCUUGACGAAGAAACUGCUAAAAUCUUGCUGAAUCCUACUGAUGAAACAAAGGGUUUCUUUGACCCAAACACCAAUGAAAAUUUGUCCUACCUCCAGCUGAUAAAUCGAUGUGAGAAAGAUGCUAAGACUGGGCUGCUUGUCUUGCCACUGCAUAAGGAGCCCAAAUGGUUUCAUACAGAUGAGCAAGUAGAGCAGGCCUUCAAAAACAAAACACUGACCAUAAAUGUGGGAAAAUUCAAAAACAAAGAAGUAACAUUGUGGGACGUGUUGCUCUCAGAAUACAUUUCAAAGGAGAAAAGGGAACAGCUCAUACAACAAUACAAGACAGGAACUAUGAAAAUGGAAGAAAUUAUUGAAAUACUCAUUAUGAUCAUAACAGAGAUAUCUUCCAAAGAAAAAAAGUUCAAAGGACUAAGAAAGCAAGUAUCAGCAAGUGAGCUUUAUGAGUCCAAAAUCAUUUCAAAGGAGCUUUUUGGUCAGAUUAUAAAAGGAGAGGUAACGGAAGAAACCGUUACCAAAAUGGAGUCCAUCCAGAAGUACCUUGGAGCUACAAACUGUAUUGCAGGUGUGAGAGUUGAAGCUACAAAACAGGUUAUGAGUAUCUAUGAUGCCAAGUCAAGAGGUCUACUAACUCCUGGCACCUCUCUGAUUCUACUGGAAGCCCAAGCUGCCACUGGCUUCAUAAUUGACCCAGUAAAUAAUAAGAAACUGUCAGUGGAUGAGGCGGUGGCCAACUCAGUUGUGGGCAAAGAGUGGAAAAACAAACUUCUUUCAGCAGAAAGAGCUGUUACAGGGUACAAAGACCCCUACACAGGAAACACAAUUUCCUUGUUCCAGGCCUUGCAAAAAGACCUCAUUGUAAAGGAUCAUGGAAUUCGUCUUCUUGAGGCCCAAAUUGCAACUGGGGGUAUCAUUGAUCCUAUCCACAGUCAUAGAGUACCUGUGCAAGUGGCAUACCAAAGAGGAUACUUUGAUGAAGAAAUGAACCAAAUUUUAUCUGAUGCAGACGAUGACACCAAGGGAUUCUUUGACCCAAACACUCAAGAAAACCUGACAUAUCUCCAGCUUAUUGAAAGAUGUGUCAAAGAUCCAGUGACAGAGCUUAUCUUGCUAUCCAUUGUGAAGAAAGGAGAGGCCUAUUUCUUUGUAGAUGAGGAAACCAAGCUCACUUUCAAAUCUAAAACAACAAACAAAGCCGGAGGAAAAUACAAGGGAACCACUGUUUCACUCUGGGAACUUCUAUACUCCCAAUACAUCACUGAGGAAAAGAGGCAAGAGCUUGUCAAACAGUAUAAAGCUGGAUCCAUCACAAUUGAACAGUUCCUGGAAAGCAUCUUGACAAUCAUUCAGCAGCAGACCUCCCCCAAAACUUCCACAACUACCACCACCACCACCACCACAACUGUCACUGAAACCAGUGAGGAUAAAUCAUUUAAGGGCAUCAGAAAAGGUGUCUCUAUGUCAGAGCUGUUUCAAUCAAAAAUAAUUGAUGAAAAGCUCUUCAAUGAUCUGAACGCUGGAAAGGUCACAGUUAGUGAAGUAAGUGAGAUGAACUCAGUGAGGAAAUACCUCGAGGGCACAAACAGCAUUGCAGGAGUGUACAUUCAGUCCACCAGGGAGACACUGAGUGUCUAUGAAGCCAAAUCAAGAGGUCUACUGACUCCAGGUACCUCUCUGGUUCUGCUGGAAGCCCAAGCUGCCACUGGCUUUGUUAUCGACCCAGUAAAGAACAAGAAACUCUCCGUAGAGGAGGCUGUUAAUAAAGGUGUGGUUGGCAAGGAGUGGAAGGAAAAACUGCUUUCAGCAGAAAGAGCUGUUACAGGGUACAAAGACCCCUACACUGGAAACACCAUUUCCUUGUUCCAGGCCUUGCAAAAAGACCUCAUUGUGAAGGAUCAUGGAAUUCGUCUUCUUGAGGCCCAAAUUGCAACCGGAGGUAUCAUUGAUCCUGUCUACAGUCACAGAGUACCUGUGCACGUGGCAUACCAAAGAGGCUACUUUAACGAAGAAAUGAAUACGAUUUUAUCUGAUGCAGGUGAUGACACCAAGGGAUUCUUUGACCCAAACACCAAGGAGAACCUCACUUACCUUCAACUGAUUGAGAGGUGUAUUACUGAUCCAGUCACAGGCCUCAGUCUACUGGUCAUUGUGAAAAAAGGAGAGACCUAUUUCUUUGUUGAUGAGGAAACCAAGCUCGCUUUAAAAUCUAAAAUGACAAACAAAGCCGGAGGAAGAUACAAGGGAACCACUGUUUCACUCUGGGAACUUCUAUACUCCCAAUACAUCACUGAGGAAAAGAGGCAAGAGCUUGUCAAACAGUAUAAAGCUGGAUCCAUCACAACUGAACAGUUCCUGGAAAUCAUCUUGACAAUCAUUCAGCAGCAGACCUCCCCCAAAACUUCCACAACUACCACCACCACCACCACCACAACUGUCACUGAAACCAGUGAGGAUAAAUCAUUUAAGGGCAUCAGAAAAGGUGUCUCUAUGUCAGAGCUGUUUCAAUCAAAAAUCAUUGAUGAAAAGCUCUUCAAUGAUCUGAACGCUGGAAAGGUCACAGUGAGUGAAGUAAGUGAGAUGAACUCAGUGAGGAAAUACCUCGAGGGCACAAACAGCAUUGCAGGAGUGUACAUUCAGUCCACCAGGGAGACACUGAGUGUCUAUGAAGCCAAAUCAAGAGGUCUACUGACUCCAGGUACCUCUCUGGUUCUGCUGGAAGCCCAAGCUGCCACUGGCUUUGUUAUCGACCCAGUAAAGAACAAGAAACUCUCCGUAGAGGAGGCUGUUAAUAAAGGAGUGGUUGGCAAGGAGUGGAAGGAAAAACUGCUUUCAGCAGAAAGAGCUGUUACAGGGUACAAAGACCCCUACACUGGAAACACCAUUUCCUUGUUCCAGGCCUUGCAAAAAGACCUCAUUGUGAAGGAUCAUGGAAUUCGUCUUCUUGAGGCCCAAAUUGCAACCGGAGGUAUCAUUGAUCCCGUAUACAGUCACAGAGUACCUGUACACGUGGCAUACCAAAGAGGCUACUUUAACGAAGAAAUGAAUAGGAUUUUAUCUGAUGCAGGUGAUGACACCAAGGGAUUCUUUGACCCAAACACCAAGGAGAACCUCACUUACCUUCAACUGAUUGAGAGGUGUAUUACUGAUCCAGUCACAGGCCUCAGUCUACUGGUCAUUGUGAAAAAAGGAGAGACCUAUUUCUUUGUUGAUGAGGAAACCAAGCUCACUUUAAAAUCUAAAAUGACAACAAAAGCUGGAGGAAAAUACAAGGGAACCACUGUUUCACUCUGGGAACUUCUAUACUCCCAAUACAUCACUGAGGAAAAGAGGCAAGAGCUUGUCAAACAGUAUAAAGCUGGAUCCAUCACAAUUGAACAGUUCCUGGAAAGCAUCUUGACAAUCAUUCAGCAGCAGACCUCCCCCAAAACUUCCACAACUACCACCACCACCACCACCACAAAUGUCACUGAAACCAGUGAGGAUAAAUCAUUUAAGGGCAUCAGAAAAGGUGUCUCUAUGUCGGAGCUGUUUCAAUCAAAAAUCAUUGAUGAAAAGCUCUUCAAUGAUCUGAAUGCUGGAAAGGUCACAGUGAGUGAAGUAAGUGAGAUGAACUCAGUGAGGAAAUACCUCGAGGGCACAAACAGUAUUGCAGGAGUGUACAUUCAGUCCACCAGGGAGACAUUGAGUGUCUAUGAAGCCAAAUCAAGAGGUCUACUGACUCCAGGUACCUCUCUGGUUCUGCUGGAAGCCCAAGCUGCCACUGGCUUUGUUAUCGACCCAGUAAAGAACAAGAAACUCUCCGUAGAGGAAGCUGUUAAUAAAGGAGUGGUUGGCAAGGAGUGGAAGGAAAAACUGCUUUCAGCAGAAAGAGCUGUUACAGGGUACAAAGACCCCUACACUGGAAACACCAUUUCCUUGUUCCAGGCCUUGCAAAAAGACCUCAUUGUGAAGGAUCAUGGAAUUCGUCUUCUUGAGGCCCAAAUUGCAACCGGAGGUAUCAUUGAUCCCGUAUACAGUCACAGAGUACCUGUACACGUGGCAUACCAAAGAGGCUACUUUAACGAAGAAAUGAAUAGGAUUUUAUCUGAUGCAGGUGAUGACACCAAGGGAUUCUUUGACCCAAACACCAAGGAGAACCUCACUUACCUUCAACUGAUUGAGAGGUGUAUUACUGAUCCAGUCACAGGCCUCAGUCUACUGGUCAUUGUGAAAAAAGGAGAGACCUAUUUCUUUGUUGAUGAGGAAACCAAGCUCGCUUUAAAAUCUAAAAUGACAAACAAAGCUGGAGGAAAAUACAAGGGAACCACUGUUUCACUCUGGGAACUUCUAUACUCCCAAUACAUCACUGAGGAAAAGAGGCAAGAGCUUGUCAAACAGUAUAAAGCUGGAUCCAUCACAAUUGAACAGUUCCUGGAAAGCAUCUUGACAAUCAUUCAGCAGCAGACCUCCCCCAAAACUUCCACAACUACCACCACCACCACCACAACUGUCACUGAAACCAGUGAGGAUAAAUCAUUUAAGGGCAUCAGAAAAGGUGUCUCUAUGUCGGAGCUGUUUCAAUCAAAAAUCAUUGAUGAAAAGCUCUUCAAUGAUCUGAACGCUGGAAAGGUCACAGUGAGUGAAGUAAGUGAGAUGAACUCAGUGAGGAAAUACCUCGAGGGCACAAACAGCAUUGCAGGAGUGUACAUUCAGUCCACCAGGGAGACAUUGAGUGUCUAUGAAGCUAAAUCAAGAGGUCUACUGACUCCAGGUACCUCUCUGGUUCUGCUGGAAGCCCAAGCUGCCACUGGCUUUGUUAUCGACCCAGUAAAGAACAAGAAACUCUCCGUAGAGGAGGCUGUUAAUAAAGGUGUGGUUGGCAAGGAGUGGAAGGAAAAACUGCUUUCAGCAGAAAGAGCUGUUACAGGGUACAAAGACCCCUACACUGGAAACACCAUUUCCUUGUUCCAGGCCUUGCAAAAAGACCUCAUUGUGAAGGAUCAUGGAAUUCGUCUUCUUGAGGCCCAAAUUGCAACCGGAGGUAUCAUUGAUCCCGUAUACAGUCACAGAGUACCUGUACACGUGGCAUACCAAAGAGGCUACUUUAACGAAGAAAUGAAUAUGAUUUUAUCUGAUGCAGGUGAUGACACCAAGGGAUUCUUUGACCCAAACACCAAGGAGAACCUCACUUACCUUCAACUGAUUGAGAGGUGUAUUACUGAUCCAGUCACAGGCCUCAGUCUACUGGUCAUUGUGAAAAAAGGAGAGACCUAUUUCUUUGUUGAUGAGGAAACCAAGCUCGCUUUAAAAUCUAAAAUGACAAACAAAGCUGGAGGAAAAUACAAGGGAACCACUGUUUCACUCUGGGAACUUCUAUACUCCCAAUACAUCACUGAGGAAAAGAGGCAAGAGCUUGUCAAACAGUAUAAAGCUGGAUCCAUCACAAUUGAACGUUUCCUGGAAAUCAUCUUGACAAUCAUUCAGCAGCAGACCUCCCCCAAAACUUCCACAACUACCACCACCACCACCACCACAACUGUCACUGAAACCAGUGAGGAUAAAUCAUUUAAGGGCAUCAGAAAAGGUGUCUCUAUGUCGGAGCUGUUUCAAUCAAAAAUCAUUGAUGAAAAGCUCUUCAAUGAUCUGAAUGCUGGAAAGGUCACAGUGAGUGAAGUAAGUGAGAUGAACUCAGUGAGGAAAUACCUCGAGGGCACAAACAGCAUUGCAGGAGUGUACAUUCAGUCCACCAGGGAGACACUGAGUGUCUAUGAAGCCAAAUCAAGAGGUCUACUGACUCCAGGUACCUCUCUGGUUCUGCUGGAAGCCCAAGCUGCCACUGGCUUUGUUAUCGACCCAGUAAAGAACAAGAAACUCUCCGUAGAGGAGGCUGUAAAUAAAGGUGUGGUUGGCAAGGAGUGGAAGGAAAAACUGCUUUCAGCAGAAAGAGCUGUUACAGGGUACAAAGACCCCUACACUGGAAACACCAUUUCCUUGUUCCAGGCCUUGCAAAAAGACCUCAUUGUGAAGGAUCAUGGAAUUCGUCUUCUUGAGGCCCAAAUUGCAACCGGAGGUAUCAUUGAUCCCGUAUACAGUCACAGAGUACCUGUACACGUGGCAUACCAAAGAGGCUACUUUAACGAAGAAAUGAAUAGGAUUUUAUCUGAUGCAGGUGAUGACACCAAGGGAUUCUUUGACCCAAACACCAAGGAGAACCUCACUUACCUUCAACUGAUUGAGAGGUGUAUUACUGAUCCAGUCACAGGCCUCAGUCUACUGGUCAUUGUGAAAAAAGGAGAGACCUAUUUCUUUGUUGAUGAGGAAACCAAGCUCGCUUUAAAAUCUAAAAUGACAAACAAAGCUGGAGGAAAAUACAAGGGAACCACUGUUUCACUCUGGGAACUUCUAUACUCCCAAAACAUCACUGAGGAAAAGAGGCAAGAGCUUGUCAAACAGUAUAAAGCUGGAUCCAUCACAAUUGAACAGUUCCUGGAAAGCAUCUUUACAAUCAUUCAGCAGCAGACCUCCCCCAAAACUUCCACAACUACCACCACCACCACCACCACAACUGUCACUGAAACCAGUGAGGAUAAAUCCUUUAAGGGCAUCAGAAAAGGUGUCUCUAUGUCGGAGCUGUUUCAAUCAAAAAUCAUUGAUGAAAAGCUCUUCAAUGAUCUGAAUGCUGGAAAGGUCACAGUGAGUGAAGUAAGUGAGAUGAACUCAGUGAGGAAAUACCUCGAGGGCACAAACAGCAUUGCAGGAGUGUACAUUCAGUCCACCAGGGAGACACUGAGUGUCUAUGAAGCCAAAUCAAGAGGUCUACUGACUCCAGGUACCUCUCUGGUUCUGCUGGAAGCCCAAGCUGCCACUGGCUUUGUUAUCGACCCAGUAAAGAACAAGAAACUCUCCGUAGAGGAGGCUGUUAAUAAAGGUGUGGUUGGCAAGGAGUGGAAGGAAAAACUGCUUUCAGCAGAAAGAGCUGUUACAGGGUACAAAGACCCCUACACUGGAAACACCAUUUCCUUGUUCCAGGCCUUGCAAAAAGACCUCAUUGUGAAGGAUCAUGGAAUUCGUCUUCUUGAGGCCCAAAUUGCAACCGGAGGUAUCAUUGAUCCUGUCUACAGUCACAGAGUACCUGUACACGUGGCAUACCAAAGAGGCUACUUUAACGAAGAAAUGAAUACGAUUUUAUCUGAUGCAGGUGAUGACACCAAGGGAUUCUUUGACCCAAACACCAAGGAGAACCUCACUUACCUUCAACUGAUUGAGAGGUGUAUUACUGAUCCAGUCACAGGCCUCAGUCUACUGGUCAUUGUGAAAAAAGGAGAGACCUAUUUCUUUGUUGAUGAGGAAACCAAGCUCGCUUUAAAAUCUAAAAUGACAAACAAAGCCGGAGGAAGAUACAAGGGAACCACUGUUUCACUCUGGGAACUUCUAUACUCCCAAUACAUCACUGAGGAAAAGAGGCAAGAGCUUGUCAAACAGUAUAAAGCUGGAUCCAUCACAAUUGAACAGUUCCUGGAAAUCAUCUUGACAAUCAUUCAGCAGCAGACCUCCCCCAAAACUUCCACAACUACCACCACCACCACCACCACAACGGUCACUGAAACCAGUGAGGAUAAAUCAUUUAAGGGCAUCAGAAAAGGUGUCUCUAUGUCAGAGCUGUUUCAAUCAAAAAUCAUUGAUGAAAAGCUCUUCAAUGAUCUGAACGCUGGAAAGGUCACAGUGAGUGAAGUAAGUGAGAUGAACUCAGUGAGGAAAUACCUCGAGGGCACAAACAGCAUUGCAGGAGUGUACAUUCAGUCCACCAGGGAGACACUGAGUGUCUAUGAAGCCAAAUCAAGAGGUCUACUGACUCCAGGUACCUCUCUGGUUCUGCUGGAAGCCCAAGCUGCCACUGGCUUUGUUAUCGACCCAGUAAAGAACAAGAAACUCUCCGUAGAGGAGGCUGUAAAUAAAGGUGUGGUUGGCAAGGAGUGGAAGGAAAAACUGCUUUCAGCAGAAAGAGCUGUUACAGGGUACAAAGACCCCUACACUGGAAACACCAUUUCCUUGUUCCAGGCCUUGCAAAAAGACCUCAUUGUGAAGGAUCAUGGAAUUCGUCUUCUUGAGGCCCAAAUUGCAACCGGAGGUAUCAUUGAUCCCGUAUACAGUCACAGAGUACCUGUACACGUGGCAUACCAAAGAGGCUACUUUAACGAAGAAAUGAAUACGAUUUUAUCUGAUGCAGGUGAUGACACCAAGGGAUUCUUUGACCCAAACACCAAGGAAAACCUCACUUACCUUCAACUGAUUGAGAGGUGUAUUACUGAUCCAGUCACAGGCCUCAGUCUACUGGUCAUUGUGAAAAAAGGAGAGACCUAUUUCUUUGUUGAUGAGGAAACCAAGCUCGCUUUAAAAUCUAAAAUGACAACAAAAGCUGGAGGAAAAUACAAGGGAACCACUGUUUCACUCUGGGAACUUCUAUACUCCCAAUACAUCACUGAGGAAAAGAGGCAAGAGCUUGUCAAACAGUAUAAAGCUGGAUCCAUCACAAUUGAACAGUUCCUGGAAAGCAUCUUGACAAUCAUUCAGCAGCAGACCUCCCCCAAAACUUCCACAACUACCACCACCACCACAACUGUCACUGAAACCAGUGAGGAUAAAUCAUUUAAGGGCAUCAGAAAAGGUGUCUCUAUGUCGGAGCUGUUUCAAUCAAAAAUCAUUGAUGAAAAGCUCUUCAAUGAUCUGAAUGCUGGAAAGGUCACAGUGAGUGAAGUAAGUGAGAUGAACUCAGUGAGGAAAUACCUCGAGGGCACAAACAGUAUUGCAGGAGUGUACAUUCAGUCCACCAGGGAGACACUGAGUGUCUAUGAAGCCAAAUCAAGAGGUCUACUGACUCCAGGUACCUCUCUGGUUCUGCUGGAAGCCCAAGCUGCCACUGGCUUUGUUAUCGACCCAGUAAAGAACAAGAAACUCUCCGUAGAGGAGGCUGUUAAUAAAGGAGUGGUUGGCAAGGAGUGGAAGGAAAAACUGCUUUCAGCAGAAAGAGCUGUUACAGGGUACAAAGACCCCUACACUGGAAACACUAUUUCCUUGUUCCAGGCCUUGCAAAAAGACCUCAUUGUGAAGGAUCAUGGAAUUCGUCUUCUUGAGGCCCAAAUUGCAACCGGAGGUAUCAUUGAUCCCGUAUACAGUCACAGAGUACCUGUACACGUGGCAUACCAAAGAGGCUACUUUAACGAAGAAAUGAAUAGGAUUUUAUCUGAUGCAGGUGAUGACACCAAGGGAUUCUUUGACCCAAACACCAAGGAGAACCUCACUUACCUUCAACUGAUUGAGAGGUGUAUUACUGAUCCAGUCACAGGCCUCAGUCUACUGGUCAUUGUGAAAAAAGGAGAGACCUAUUUCUUUGUUGAUGAGGAAACCAAGCUCGCUUUAAAAUCUAAAAUGACAAACAAAGCUGGAGGAAAAUACAAGGGAACCACUGUUUCACUCUGGGAACUUCUAUACUCCCAAUACAUCACUGAGGAAAAGAGGCAAGAGCUUGUCAAACAGUAUAAAGCUGGAUCCAUCACAAUUGAACGUUUCCUGGAAAUCAUCUUGACAAUCAUUCAGCAGCAGACCUCCCCCAAAACUUCCACAACUACCACCACCACCACCACCACAACUGUCACUGAAACCAGUGAGGAUAAAUCAUUUAAGGGCAUCAGAAAAGGUGUCUCUAUGUCGGAGCUGUUUCAAUCAAAAAUCAUUGAUGAAAAGCUCUUCAAUGAUCUGAACGCUGGAAAGGUCACAGUGAGUGAAGUAAGUGAGAUGAACUCAGUGAGGAAAUACCUCGAGGGCACAAACAGCAUUGCAGGAGUGUACAUUCAGUCCACCAGGGAGACACUGAGUGUCUAUGAAGCUAAAUCAAGAGGUCUACUGACUCCAGGUACCUCUCUGGUUCUGCUGGAAGCCCAAGCUGCCACUGGCUUUGUUAUCGACCCAGUGAAGAACAAGAAACUCUCCGUAGAGGAGGCUGUUAAUAAAGGUGUGGUUGGCAAGGAGUGGAAAGAAAAACUGCUUUCAGCAGAAAGAGCUGUUACAGGGUACAAAGACCCCUACACUGGAAACACCAUUUCCUUGUUCCAGGCCUUGCAAAAAGACCUCAUUGUGAAGGAUCAUGGAAUUCGUCUUCUUGAGGCCCAAAUUGCAACCGGAGGUAUCAUUGAUCCCGUAUACAGUCACAGAGUACCUGUACACGUGGCAUACCAAAGAGGCUACUUUAACGAAGAAAUGAAUAUGAUUUUAUCUGAUGCAGGUGAUGACACCAAGGGAUUCUUUGACCCAAACACCAAGGAGAACCUCACUUACCUUCAACUGAUUGAGAGGUGUAUUACUGAUCCAGUCACAGGCCUCAGUCUACUGGUCAUUGUGAAAAAAGGAGAGACCUAUUUCUUUGUUGAUGAGGAAACCAAGCUCGCUUUAAAAUCUAAAAUGACAAACAAAGCCGGAGGAAGAUACAAGGGAACCACUGUUUCACUCUGGGAACUUCUAUACUCCCAAUACAUCACUGAGGAAAAGAGGCAAGAGCUUGUCAAACAGUAUAAAGCUGGAUCCAUCACAAUUGAACGUUUCCUGGAAAUCAUCUUGACAAUCAUUCAGCAGCAGACCUCCCCCAAAACUUCCACAACUACCACCACCACCACCACAACUGUCACUGAAACCAGUGAGGAUAAAUCAUUUAAGGGCAUCAGAAAAGGUGUCUCUAUGUCGGAGCUGUUUCAAUCAAAAAUCAUUGAUGAAAAGCUCUUCAAUGAUCUGAACGCUGGAAAGGUCACAGUGAGUGAAGUAAGUGAGAUGAACUCAGUGAGGAAAUACCUCGAGGGCACAAACAGCAUUGCAGGAGUGUACAUUCAGUCCACCAGGGAGACACUGAGUGUCUAUGAAGCCAAAUCAAGAGGUCUACUGACUCCAGGUACCUCUCUGGUUCUGCUGGAAGCCCAAGCUGCCACUGGCUUUGUUAUCGACCCAGUAAAGAACAAGAAACUCUCCGUAGAGGAGGCUGUUAAUAAAGGUGUGGUUGGCAAGGAGUGGAAAGAAAAACUGCUUUCAGCAGAAAGAGCUGUUACAGGGUACAAAGACCCCUACACUGGAAACACCAUUUCCUUGUUCCAGGCCUUGCAAAAAGACCUCAUUGUGAAGGAUCAUGGAAUUCGUCUUCUUGAGGCCCAAAUUGCAACCGGAGGUAUCAUUGAUCCCGUAUACAGUCACAGAGUACCUGUACACGUGGCAUACCAAAGAGGCUACUUUAACGAAGAAAUGAAUAGGAUUUUAUCUGAUGCAGGUGAUGACACCAAGGGAUUCUUUGACCCAAACACCAAGGAGAACCUCACUUACCUUCAACUGAUUGAGAGGUGUAUUACUGAUCCAGUCACAGGUCUCAGUCUACUGGUCAUUGUGAAAAAAGGAGAGACCUAUUUCUUUGUUGAUGAGGAAACCAAGCUCGCUUUAAAAUCUAAAAUGACAAACAAAGCUGGAGGAAAAUACAAGGGAACCACUGUUUCACUCUGGGAACUUCUAUACUCCCAAUACAUCACUGAGGAAAAGAGGCAAGAGCUUGUCAAACAGUAUAAAGCUGGAUCCAUCACAACUGAACAGUUCCUGGAAAUCAUCUUGACAAUCAUUCAGCAGCAGACCUCCCCCAAAACUUCCACAACUACCACCACCACCACCACCACAACUGUCACUGAAACCAGUGAGGAUAAAUCAUUUAAGGGCAUCAGAAAAGGUGUCUCUAUGUCAGAGCUGUUUCAAUCAAAAAUCAUUGAUGAAAAGCUCUUCAAUGAUCUGAACGCUGGAAAGGUCACAGUGAGUGAAGUAAGUGAGAUGAACUCAGUGAGGAAAUACCUCGAGGGCACAAACAGCAUUGCAGGAGUGUACAUUCAGUCCACCAGGGAGACACUGAGUGUCUAUGAAGCCAAAUCAAGAGGUCUACUGACUCCAGGUACCUCUCUGGUUCUGCUGGAAGCCCAAGCUGCCACUGGCUUUGUUAUCGACCCAGUAAAGAACAAGAAACUCUCCGUAGAGGAGGCUGUUAAUAAAGGUGUGGUUGGCAAGGAGUGGAAAGAAAAACUGCUUUCAGCAGAAAGAGCUGUUACAGGGUACAAAGACCCCUACACUGGAAACACCAUUUCCUUGUUCCAGGCCUUGCAAAAAGACCUCAUUGUGAAGGAUCAUGGAAUUCGUCUUCUUGAGGCCCAAAUUGCAACCGGAGGUAUCAUUGAUCCCGUAUACAGUCACAGAGUACCUGUACACGUGGCAUACCAAAGAGGCUACUUUAACGAAGAAAUGAAUACGAUUUUAUCUGAUGCAGGUGAUGACACCAAGGGAUUCUUUGACCCAAACACCAAGGAGAACCUCACUUACCUUCAACUGAUUGAGAGGUGUAUUACUGAUCCAGUCACAGGCCUCAGUCUACUGGUCAUUGUGAAAAAAGGAGAGACCUAUUUCUUUGUUGAUGAGGAAACCAAGCUCGCUUUAAAAUCUAAAAUGACAAACAAAGCUGGAGGAAAAUACAAGGGAACCACUGUUUCACUCUGGGAACUUCUAUACUCCCAAAACAUCACUGAGGAAAAGAGGCAAGAGCUUGUCAAACAGUAUAAAGCUGGAUCCAUCACAAUUGAACGUUUCCUGGAAAUCAUCUUGACAAUCAUUCAGCAGCAGACCUCCCCCAAAACUUCCACAACUACCACCACCACCACAACGGUCACUGAAACCAGUGAGGAUAAAUCAUUUAAGGGCAUCAGAAAAGGUGUCUCUAUGUCGGAGCUGUUUCAAUCAAAAAUCAUUGAUGAAAAGCUCUUCAAUGAUCUGAAUGCUGGAAAGGUCACAGUGAGUGAAGUAAGUGAGAUGAACUCAGUGAGGAAAUACCUCGAGGGCACAAACAGCAUUGCAGGAGUGUACAUUCAGUCCACCAGGGAGACACUGAGUGUCUAUGAAGCCAAAUCAAGAGGUCUACUGACUCCAGGUACCUCUCUGGUUCUGCUGGAAGCCCAAGCUGCCACUGGCUUUGUUAUCGACCCAGUAAAGAACAAGAAACUCUCCGUAGAGGAGGCUGUUAAUAAAGGAGUGGUUGGCAAGGAGUGGAAGGAAAAACUGAUUUCAGCAGAAAGAGCUGUUACAGGGUACAAAGACCCCUACACUGGAAACACCAUUUCCUUGUUCCAGGCCUUGCAAAAAGACCUCAUUGUGAAGGAUCAUGGAAUUCGUCUUCUUGAGGCCCAAAUUGCAACCGGAGGUAUCAUUGAUCCCGUAUACAGUCACAGAGUACCUGUACACGUGGCAUACCAAAGAGGCUACUUUAACGAAGAAAUGAAUAGGAUUUUAUCUGAAGCAGGUGAUGACACCAAGGGAUUCUUUGACCCAAACACCAAGGAGAACCUCACUUACCUUCAACUGAUUGAGAGGUGUAUUACUGAUCCAGUCACAGGCCUCAGUUUGCUUCCACUUUCUAAAUGAAGUCUGUAUCAAUGUGAUUAAGUUGUUUAACUAGUUCAUUUAAUCCUUGGGUAAUAAAAUGUGAAACGGGCUGUGUGACCAAGGUCGCUAAAAACUAUUGUGACAUAAAAUUACAUGAGCAAGUUGUAUUAUGUAACAUGUAAUAAUAAGAACUUUUUUAACGUUUCAUGACAUUGUUCAGAGUGCGAGGCUUUUUUCCUACAUUCCUUGGAUGAGGUACAUUUAUUUUGGGACUGAUUUGGGAUCUAACUGAAUGAUUUAUUUGCUUUAUGAUGUUCAACAUGUGGGAAAUCACUUCUGCUGUUUGUGUCAAACCUGAUAAACCGUCAGUGUUGAACUGCAAAAUUCAAACAGUAAUUUUAAAUGUUGCUUUCUGUAAUAAAACCCAAUAAACUGGUGAGGUCUGAACUCCA